AUGUCUUCAUGCCAGAUGUAUCAUCACCAUCAACAGCUUCAGAGCCACAGCCAUUUCCUGUCUUCUAGGCAGGCAUUCCCUCCAGAAAGGCACAUGCUUCUGCAAGGAGGGAGCAUUCCAGCAGAGCCAGGGCUUGUGCUUUCCACUGAUGCUAAACCUAGGUUAAAAUGGACACCUGAACUACAUGAGCGUUUUGUGGAGGCGGUAAAUCAACUUGGUGGGCCUGAUAAAGCUACACCAAAGACAAUCAUGAGACUCGUGGGUGUCCCUGGACUAACACUAUACCACCUUAAGAGUCAUCUUCAGAAAUACAGGCUAAGCAAAAACAUUCACGCCCAAGCUAACGGUGGAAAUGCAAAAAAUGUGGUUGGCUGCGCCAUGGCAAUAGAGAAACCACCUGAAGGAAAUGGAUCACCAGCUAGCCACUUAAACCUUGGAACCCAGACAAACAAAUCUGUGCACAUAGGUGAAGCCCUUCAGAUGCAAAUUGAAGUACAGCGCCGACUGCAUGAGCAACUUGAGGUACAAAGACAUUUGCAACUCCGCAUUGAAGCACAAGGGAAGUACCUACAAUCUGUGCUAGAAAAGGCACAGGAGACACUUUCAAAACAGAAUGCAGGGUCAGUCGGUGUAGAAACCGCGAAGAUGCAACUGUCAGAAUUAGUCUCAAAGGUAUCGACAGAAUGCCUCCAGCAUGCAUUUACAGGCUUUGAGGAGAUUGAAGGUUCCCAAAUUCUACAAGGACACACCAUCCAACUUGGCGAUGGGUCAGUUGACAGCUGCUUAACUGCUUGUGAUGGCUCACAGAAAGAUCAAGAUAUCCUAUCAAUCAGCCUUUCUGCUCACAGAGGAAAGGAGAUAGGAUGCAUGGCCUUCGAUAUACAAGCAAAAGAAAGAGUGAGAGAGGAUUUGUUCCUUGACAAGCUAAGCAUGACGCCUCCAAGCCACCUAGACAGGCGUGAGAGAGACAGUUUUAGUACGACACGCAAGGCAGCAAAAUUGGAUCUGAAUAUCAAUGACACCACUGACGGGCCCCAGAACUGCAAGAAAAUUGACUUGAAUGGGUUCAACUGGACCUAG